AUGGCUGAUCCAAACCUAAAAUUAAUAAACUUUUCUAUUUAACAUGAAGAAUAAAUUCUUAAAAAAACCAUUUACUUGAAUUCUAAAAUAAAACUUAUAGAUGCUGUUUAUGAAGUUCUUUAAGAAGUAGGAAAAGUGCAUCCAUUAGAUAAUAAUCCAAAUAAUUAUGCCAUUUAUAUUUCUAAAAAGAAUGGGCUACCAAAAUUGGAUUUUCCAUCCUAUUAGAAGGACAUUAUAUUAGAAGAAACCGGAAAUAGUAACUUUUCUUUGGUUCAUAUUACAUUAUAAAAUACAAACUCGCCUGAAAAUAGCACUCAUAAUAGUCAAGAGAAUGAAGGAAAGUAAAAUGAUGGCAAACAAAAAAAGAAGCUUAAGAAUUGGUUUCUUAAUCUUCUAGGAUGUAGCUGA